GCUCCCCGCAGGGCGCUGUCCCCGCUCUCCGCGGGGCUGCAGGCGAACCGGGCUCCCGGUCCCGAGCCGCGCCGCCACCUCCUUGCCCAGCACUGGACAGCGCCUCUCCCCCGGCCCGCCAGUGGCUCCCGGGUGACUGACAGGCGACCCGGCCAUACGGGGAGCCGGGCAGCGGGCGUGCACCUACGAGGGCUGGUUGGGAAGGGGCCAGCGGUAAUGAGGGGUUGGCGCUGGCACAGCAGCCUGCUGAACAGCCUCCCGCAGCCGGGAGAGGGCGGAGCGUGGGUCUCUCGGCUGGGAAACCCGAGCGCUCAGUUAGCCCGGCACCCGCUCCCUAGGAACAAGCCGGUCCCACAGGACCCAGCCCCGCGCCUCCCCGGCCGCGUCCGCGCGCCCCUCGCCAUGCCGGCAGGAUGCGGAGCCCAGGCGCGUGGGUCCGGAGUGGGGGACGGGACCUGCCACCUGCUCGGCUGAGGGCGCGGCAGCCUCUGCGUGCAGCGGCUCGGAACACCUCCGUGGCGGCGGCGGGGGGAGGAAGACGUAAGCAGGCUAACUAUAGCCUCUCCCCGGAGCCAGAGAGGAGCUGCAACCUGCUCGGAAGCCGGGCAGCGUAAUUCCCAGCGCUGGGCAGCGUGCAGAGGGUGCGCUCGCUGGGCAUCGCCACAGGUGACUUGAAUUUUUCCGCUGCAGCUGCCUUGCCAAGGCACGCCACUGCCACUGAUCGUUGUUUUGCACCUUGGCUGGGGGCGGGUGGGGAGAGCUGUGAUAAUCAUAGUACGGGGACCUAGCCGUGCCUGCGCGCUCCGAGGACAUGGCUCGGCGCCUGCUUCUCUCUCUCCUGCUCUUUGCCCAAGUGGGGGUCGGGGCUGGAUCCGGCCAAGGGCGGACGGUGCACCACAAAGACAAAGCAAUCACAGGGAAACAGCCUAUUUACAACAACAUCAAGAGCCCGGAUCCUCCCCCGGCUCGCUGGAGCAGAUCUACCGAGAGCACCAUCUUGGCGCAGAGGCUCACCGAAGAGGUGCCUCAAAACGUGGCCUCCUUCCUCUACACGGGGGACUCCCGGGAACUGGGGCGCGCCAACUGCUCCCGGAGGUACGAACUGGCCAGCCUGGCUGGGAAGUCUCGCCUCACCGCUCACCCUUCUUUGCACGGUGCCCUGGACACGCUCCUCCACGCUACCAACUUUUUGAGCAUGAUCCUCCAGAGCAAUAAAUCCCGGGAGCAGAACUUGCAGGAGGACAUGGGCUGGUACCAAGCCUUGAUCAGGAGCCUCCUGGAAGGGAACCCCAACAUAUCCAGAGCAGCUAUUACUUUCAAUGUAGAGCCUUUGUCCUCUGCUCCCCAGGUUUUCCUCCAGGCCAGCCGGCAGGAGACCCAGAUCCUCCUGCAGGAUUUGUCCUCCACAGCUCACCAUUUAGCCAAUGCCUCUAUCGAAACCGAGUGGUUCCACAGCUUGAAGCGCAAGUGGAGGCCACAUCUGCACAGGAAGGUCUUAACGCCGGGCCCUAAAACUUUGGAGAGCAGCUGGAAGAAGAAGGACAGCUACCCGGCAGAUAAGAACCACAUCAAAUGGUCCUCGCCCUACCUGGAGUGUGAGCAUGGGAAUUACAAACCCGGAUGGCUAGUGACUCUGUCAGCAGCUUUUUAUGGGCUGCAGCCAAACCUUCUCCCCGAAUUCAGAGGUGUUGUCAAAGUUGACAUAAAUCUGCAGAAGGUGGACAUUGACCAAUGUUCAAGUGAGGGAUGGUUUUCAGGAACUCACAAAUGCCAUCUCAACAAUUCUGAGUGCACGCCAAUUAAAGGCCUUGGAUUUGUUCUUGGAGCCUACAAAUGCAUUUGCAAGGCUGGAUUCUAUCAUCCCAACAUCUUUUCAGUGAACAGCUUUCAGAGAAAAGAUACAGAUAAUCACUUCUCCAGAGGCGAGAUGUCUGAGGAAGUCUACACCUGCCUACCCUGCAGGGAAGGAUGUUCUUACUGCACAGAUGAUACUCCCUGCUAUGCACAGGAGGACAAGUAUUUACGGCUUGCUAUCAUCUCAUUUCAAACGCUCUGUAUGCUGUUGGACUUCAUAAGCAUGCUGGUAGUCUACCAUUUUCGCAAGGCAAAGAGCAUCAGGGCUUCAGGCCUGGUUCUUUUGGAAACCAUCCUUUUUGGAUCACUCCUCCUGUACUUCCCGGUUAUCAUUUUGUAUUUUGAGCCAAGCAUAUUUCGCUGUGUUCUCCUAAGAUGGGUUCGUCUUCUGGGCUUUACUACUGUUUAUGGAACUGUGACACUCAAGCUCCACAGAGUUUUGAAGGUAUUCCUGUCCCAAACUGCUCAACGUAUUCCAUACAUGACAGGUGGCCGAGUGAUGAGGAUGCUGGCUGUAAUUCUCCUGAUAGUCUUUUGGUUCCUGAUCGGCUGGACUUCUGCAGUCUGCCAAAACUUGGAGAGAAAUAUUUCACUUACUGGCCAGGGACAAACAUCAGACCACCUGAUCUUCAAUAUGUGCCUCCUAGACCGCUGGGAUUACAUGAUGGCUAUUGCUGAAUUUUUAUUCCUCUUGUGGGGUGUUUAUCUCUGCUAUGCAGUGCGGACAGUCCCAUCAGCAUUUCAUGAGCCACGUUAUAUGACUGUUGCAGUUCACAAUGAGCUCAUUAUCUCUGCUAUAUUCCAUACAAUUAGAUUUAGUCUUGCCUCAAGACUUCAGUCCGAUUGGAUGCUGAUGUUGUUCUUUGCACACACGCACUUGACGGUGACAGUUACCAUUGGGUUACUUCUGAUACCUAAGUUUUCACACUCAAGCAAUAACCCAAGAGAUGACAUAGCUACUGAAGCAUAUGAAGAUGAACUGGACAUGGGUCGAUCUGGGUCCUAUCUAAACAGCAGUAUCAACUCAGCUUGGAGUGAGCACAGUUUGGACCCUGAGGACAUCAGGGAUGAGUUGAAGAAACUAUAUGCCCAGCUUGAAAUCUACAAAAGGAAAAAGAUGAUUGCUAAUAACCCACAUCUCCAGAAAAAGAGGUGCUCCAAGAAGGGCUUGGGUCGCUCAAUAAUGAGACGAAUUACUGAAAUCCCUGAGACAGUCACCAGGCAGUGCUCCAGGGAGGAUAAGGACCUUAUGGACCACAGUGCUACAAAGAACACUGCAGUCGUGAGAAAGAACCCACAGGAUUCCACAAGUUAUGUAAAGCCAAAGGAGGAAUCUUUGAAAAACAGAGUCUUUUCAUUAAAAAAGUCCCAUAGCACUUACGAUCAUGUUAGAGAUCAAACAGAGGAGUCUAAUAGCUUAUCCACAGAAAGCGCAGAAGUUAUAAAUGCUGAUAAUUCACUGCUGGAUUCCUUGACAGGGAAAAAUUUCACAAAAAAAUCUACAGAAAAAGUUGAAGCUGUGUCCACUGAAUCCGUCCCGUUAGUGUGCAAAUCAGUAAGUGCACACAACUUAAGUGCAGAUAAGAAGCCUCUGCAACCAAGACCAUCUGUGUUACAAAAAUCUCUCAGUGUUAUUGCUAAUGCCAAGGAAAAGACUCUGGGGUUAACUGGGAAAACACAAAGUCUAGAAGAAAGCAGUAGAUCCCAUAAACCUCAGCAAAAGGUUAAAGAAGCCAGCAAAAAACACUCAGCCAGUGAUAAAGGGGAGCAUAAAGAUUCACAUCGGAAAAACUCUACUCACACUGAGGAGACAAGGAAGCCCCAUAAAUCUGGAAUUAUGAAACAACAAAGGGUUAGUCAGACAAUUGCAAAUCCUGACACAGGCACAGGCAAGUCACUGCUUAAGGACAAUUUUGACAUAGCAGAAAUUUGUCCUUGGGAGAUUUAUGACCAAACUCCUGAUUCUGUGCCUUCUGAGUCGAAAGUUCAAAAACAUGUGUCUAUUGCUUCCUCAGAAACAGAGAAAAAUCACACCUCCCAGCCAAAGGGGAAAUCUCAUCACAAGCUUAAGACAGCUGACGGGUAUCAGCAAUCGAAUCAAAAGAGCACAGAGACGUCGGAAGCAUGCACUCAGGAGACCCCAGAGCAGCAGGUUUUUGAAGAUGAGAAAAAACAUUUAAAUUCCAAGUCUCAGCUCAUCCCUGGGUUUAAGUGUGAGAAUGUUAAUAAAUAUUAUGCAGCAAAUAUUUGUGCUGGGGAAUCUGAGGAACUGCCCAAAAAAGCUGCAGUGCAAACAGCUGAAAGGGAAAAGCUCAAUAAUUUGGGAGGAAAGAAAAAAAACACACCCUUGGAGGGAAACAUGCUUUCAUCUGACUCCUAUAGAUCAAGUAGUAACUUACAGCAAGCUUUAACGUCUCGAGCUGAAGUCUGCCCAUGGGAGUUUGAAACACCAGAUUUACCAAAUGCAGAAAGAGGUGUAGCUUUAUCAAACACAGCCACUUUAGGUACAACUAAAACAGCAACUCCUCAAAAAUAAGAGGUUUUGGACUGAAAAGAGUAGCAGCACUAAGAAGAAAGACUACAGGAAGGAGGAAAGUGAGAGGGGAACUAGGCCAAGAGGAUCUGAAAAUUCCUAAGGAGUAUCACUUAACUGAGGGGAUCAGAACAUGAAAAAAGCAGGAAAUAAGCAAAAUAAAUUAUUAAUUAUUAUUAUUAUUGUUGUUAUUUAUUUGUUGAGUGCCAACAGUGUGAUCAGUGGUAUCCAAACCAUGGAGGGGACCUGGUCCCUGCGCUAAGGAGUUUACAGUCUAAAUGAACAGACACCUGCCUUUGCAAAACCAUUUCUCUCUUACAAACAGAAAAAAAAAAGUGAAUGGCUAUAACAAUUAAUCAAAUUCCAACUGAAUUAUUCCUGAAUGCCCCAAACUGGGCAAAACUUGCCCUUGGGACUUUAAAGAUCCAAUAGAAGUGUGGCAUGGAAAAUGUCCUGAUGGCAAACUUUGGUAUCAAUGAGCAGCUUACUGAAAAGAUGACUUUUCACUUUACAUAUUUAACCUUGAUAGCACUGCUAACUUAAUGCAUCCCAAAAAUACAUUUUAUAUAACGAUUGCUCUCAUUUUCUUAUACAUGUAUGUUUAAGUACAUUGUUGUGUCUCAUAUUAAAGCAUUCCAGAUUGUAUACAUUUUGCAAAUAACUUUGAUAUUAUGUGACACAACAACACAUUUAUGCAAUAUGCAGAUACUCUAUUAUUAUUGCAAUUUACAAUACCUGCUGUAGACUUUUGUUUAUUUAUGAAUUACAGUAAGCUUUCACUGGCUAUGAAAGCCAUAACUUGUAUGGGAAAAUACCUUGGGUUUUGUUGUGAUUUAUAUUGUGAAUUUUCUGUUCUACUCUCUAUUAUUUAAAAUUAUAGUUUGUAUUAUUCAGGGUUUUUAUACAAGGUAAGUUAUUUGUUUGGCACUUCUCUGUUAGCACUCAUAGACUUUAUUAGUGGAGAGCAAGUCAUCUAUUUAGCUGUAUAUUUGGAUAAGUCCAAGGACAACUUAUCUGUUGUUUGUUACAAGUUUGACAAAUAUCAUUUAUCACUCCAGAAUUCCUGCUUUAAUCAUCCAUCAUCAGUAUAUUUCUCAGUAUUUCAUCCUGACCAUAUUCUGCUAAAGAAAAAGAACAAAGAUGACAAAAAAUAACCUUAGGAAUAUGAUCCGUUUCACUAGAAACACACAGCUAAGGGAAAUAUUUUAAAUAGUUUAGAGCUGCUGUGUUUCCUGCUGGUGAACUUCCAAGAACUGGCCCUUUAAACAUCAAAAAGAGGAGAUUAGUGCUAAGACAACAUUUUCCCCCCAAAAUGCAAUCAAGAGACAGAAAGAGAAGAAAAGGAUGGGGCAUCGCACUCCUCCCACACACACCCCGAAACUCCUCCGCUCUCAAAUGUUUUUAUGUUACAUGUGUGUAACAUUUGUAAUAACAUAUAAUAUGUUAGAUACAAUUAAUCCCCAGGGAUAACUAAGGCCCUGAUCCGGCAAAGACUGAGACAUGUUUAACUUUAUACACUCUGAGUAAUCAGUUGAAGUCAAUGGGAUUGACAAAGGAAUAAAUCUUGGCACAGUCAGGGCUUACGAGGUAUUGUAGAGGUUACAAAGACUAAUAAAUAAAUAAAUAAAGUACUAGCAGACAAGGUGCCACCCUGGCUCAUCUAAAUCUAGGACUUGUCAUGUACCCAGCUUUGUGCUUGGAGAUGUGCAAUACCACAAAAUAAAGGCAAUUCCAGUCCUCUUGAAGAGUUUUCAGUUUGAGAGAGAUGAUGAGAUUUACCGGGAAAGCCAGAAGUGAGGAUAACUUAAUGCUGUGUUGUUUAAUAUAUGUGUGUGUGCAUAAUACAUGUACGUGUAUUAAACAUACAUAUAGAUAUAUUUAAUGCAUAUGUAGAUACACAUAUGUAAUAUAAUCUCACUUCUCUUGGGCCUCAUAGAGGUGGGUUCAUAAAAGACUUGGGCAAAGUGAAACGAGGAGGGCAUUCCCUCUCCUUUUCAGAGUGUAGGCAAAGGCAGCCAAUCCUGUAGGAGAGUGAGAGACUUGGCCUUGCCUCCAGCAGUGUGCCUGUGGAUAAGAGUUGUAAUUAGAGUGCACACACACAGAUUCUCUCUGUCCUCCCCAUCCUACAAACGUUAUCUAGGGCCUGAGCUGAAGCUCAUUGAAGUCAAUGGGAGUCUGUCUAUUGACUUCAGUGGGAUUAGGAUCAAGCCCCUGGUUAGCAAGCCCAAAGUCCUCUGGGUGAUAUGUGGGCUUCAUUCUGCCAUUGCAUAGAUCUCAGGGUGCUACCAAGUGGACAGAGCCUUCUAGGAGCAAGCUGACUGCCUUCUGGAGAGGCACACGGCGCAAAUCCUAUCCAUGUGCAGGGAUCUGCCUGUGCAGCAGAAGACAGCCCGUGUUGAGAGGCAGAGGAGCACAUGGGCCUUCAGACAUGCCCCUUUCUCCAGCAGGGAUGAGUGUGUUUGGGGCCAUGAUGCUUGUGGUGCAGCUUGGUCCCUGCCUUGUCCCUGUCUGCAUGAUGACACCCACACUUGCAGCUGGCAUGCACAGAGUAAUGGGGUGGGGGUAUCUUCUGCAUUCCCCUACCACCUCCUGGAUCUCACAGGGGUGUGAUGCCAUGCCUUGAUUUCACUAGUUACCAUGCCCCUUCUGCCACCUGUGCACUCCUGUGGCGCGGCGUGUGAAUGGGCUGCUUCUGCUAUGUGGCAGUCAUGUGCGGGUAGCUCUCCAAACCAGGCCAGCUGGGGAUCCACAUGGGAUCCGUGCACUGGUGGUACCUGUUGCAUCACAGGCAGGAUCAGUUCCUAUGUGUGUUACUGUAUUUGUGCCACGGCUGAUCCCUCUGCUGAUUGCUUUUCCUUAGGAUAACUGGAAUGGGAAAAUUCAGCAGCAAAGAAAUAGGGCCAGAUCCUUAACAGGUAUAUAUUGACAUAUCUCCAUUGAAGUCAAUGGCAUAACAGUGAUUUAUAUCAGCCAAGGAUCUGACCCAGAAUGGAUAUUUUAGUUUCAUGUUUGUUUUCUGAUGGACAGAAUGUUUCCCUCUCUUUUUAAAAAUUAUCCCUAUGGAUUUUAGGCUUGCUCAAUUAAUGUACUUUAAGCCUGGUGAAACCGGAGAACUUUUUUAAAAAAACAAUUACAGUCAUUAAGGAAUGAUUUUCCUGACACAUACCGUAACUGAUAUUUGGGUUUCAGCUCUGUUAGUACUUUAGAUUGUUUUAGCACUUUAGAAAACAAAGGGGCCAAACUUCACUGAAUUGUUAUAUUUCACUAUGGUCCUGCUAGAAAUGUUGCUAAAAGAAGGCAUACUAACUUAUACUUAAAUGAUUUUCUAUAUUCCAUAGAUUUUCCUCCACCAGCAUAUAUUAGCUAGAUUGCUUAGUUGUCUUUUUCUGGAGUUCCAUUGUCAUUAUUCAGCCAAGAGAAAUACAACUCUAGAAUUAAGAUGUUUUCCAGCAGAUUUGUUAAGAAGAUAGAUGAUAAUCGCUCAGGUCACAAACAUUUGCUAGGUUGUCCUUUUCAAAUGCAUGUGUAAGCUGCAUCUCUCCUUUGUUUCAUAAAUAAUUAGAUUUAUACCAAUCUUAAUAGACUUGUAUAUUUUAUGCAAGAAUUAUAUGCUUAAAAUACAAAUAAUUACUCUCCCAUCAGCUUUGGUGGCAUUAUGGAUCUGAAAAGGAGACAGCACUUUUAUAUUUUCUCUCCUUAGACUUUUGCAUGCAUUCGAUGACUGGCCCGCCUGAGAAAACACUGCCUUUUCACUUUUAACAUUUUAGCUACUCAGACUUGUAGAGUAAAUAAAGCUGUAAAGUCUAUUCACUUUAUUCAGUAGUUCUUAUAAAAAUAUUAUCUGGCAACCUAAGUAUCCACCAUGAAAUAUUUGAUAGAUUUAUGUUGUAAUGUGUCACAGCAUGUAAAUAAUGUAACUUCUCUGCAAUAAAGCACAUUUAUAUGAAAAUCUGUUUCUGAUCCUUUUAUGUUGUAUUGCAAAGUGGUCACUGUUUCAAACUGAACUGUUUUCUGAUCUACUUUGAAAAAUAACAUUUCAAGUGAGUCUUCCAACACAUUAAAGGUAUUAAUUGAUCUUAUGAUGAUAAUAUCUUCAUUCUCAUAUGUUGCAUAUAAUGUUUGUUUUCUUCAGAUCACUGCAGCAGAAAUAGGUACACAGUUAACGUGAGAUAGUCAUAAUUAUUUCUAGAGUUGGUUGGAAUAUGGAAAAAAUGGGAGGUUUUUUUUUAAAUUUGUGCCUCUUUUUUGAAAUCUUGACAGUUUUUUGGAUCAUCAGAAAAUUUUGACCAGAUCUAUAGGUGGCAGCAUCUGUCACUGACCAAAAUUAAAAAAAUGCAUUUUCAUCAACUUUUUUGGUUUUUCUGUCAAAUUGAAUUCUGGAUGAAAUUUUUCAUUAAAAAUUCAAAAUUUUGAAGCUUUUGACUAUAUUUAUUUCAAUAUGACAUAUAAUUUGGUUCAGUUAUAUGAUGAACUAUAACUUAGGCUUUGCACAACAUUAAUAGGUGUGUCAUAUCUAAGUCAUGGGAGGUAAUUGUUCUGCUCUGUGAGGCCUCAUGUGGAGUACUGUGUCCCGUUUGGGGUGCCACACUUUAGGAAAGAUAUGAACAAAUUGGAAAGAGUACAGAGGAGAGAAACAAAAAUGAUAAAAGGUUUUGAACCUGACCUAUGAGGAAAGGUUAAAAAACUGGGUAUGUUUAAUCUUGAGAAAAGAAGAGUGAGGGGGAGACCUGAUAAACAGUCUUCAAAUAUCUUAAGGGCAGUUAUAAACAGGACAUUGAUCAAUUGUUCUCUAUUUCCACUGAAGGUAGGACAAGAAGUAAUGGGCUUAAUUUGCAUCAAAUGAGAUUUAGGUUAGAUAUUCAGAAAAACUUUUUAACCAUGAGGAUAGUUAAGCAUAGGAAUAGGUUAACAAGGGAUAUUGUAGAAUCCCUGUUAUUGGAAGGUUUUAAGAACAGAUUGGAUAAACACCUGUAAGCCUUGGUCUAGAUAUGCUUGGUGUAUGUGACCUCUUGAGGUCCCUUCCAGCCCUAAAUUUCUUUGGUUCUCUGUCAUACCUUUUUCUUCCUAAAGAGGCAAUACUGCUGACAGCUGUUCGGAGCUAAUUUAUUCAAAGAUUGGCUCCAGCAAUAUUAGGAGUAUAACAAAAGAUUUCUAUUAUUCUUUAACUUGUUUAUCUUACAGCCCUUUGUGGGGCUAUAAUGCUCAAAUUCCUUUAAUACUCAAAAAGUUGAACAUUUUCUUCAUUUAUGCUAUUGAUUGUUUUAGUUAUUGACUAUCUGAACAAAUGGCCUGCUUUACACUACACUACCAAGUUAUUGAAAUCUACACUCCAAGAUCCAUGAUUGGUGCUAAUUUUCCACUGCAUUCAAAAGAUGUAAAAAAGAGUAUAGUGCUCCAAAUAUUAGAGUAGUGGUUGGGUGCUAUCAGUGAAAAAUAUGUUGAUAUUAUUUUUCUUAAUGAAAAGUGUCAUAUCAUAUAAUGAUGCCUACACUGUUACAUGACACAGGAUUCUAAAAAAGCCUGUGUUGUCCAAACUGUCAUUGAGAAACGAGCUAGAUUACCUGUAUGAAAAAAUCUCACCAGUACUGAAAAGGUUACCUGUGCUUAUGGCAUUCAGACAUGCCACCUUCUUAUGAGGCAUAUAGAAAUACACAAUUUGUUUAAUAAAAAAAAGACAAACCUGGCUAGCUUCUCUUUACUUAUAUUUUUUUUCUGUUUUGUUAAUAGUAAUUUUAUUGUCUUCAUAUUUUAUGUGUAUUGAUGCACAGGACAUCCUCCUGUAAUAUUUUGGUAUAUAACUCUAUAUCUUCAUUGUAAGUCAUAGUUAAUUCAAAAUAUUUUAAAUGCACUUGAAGUGCAAAAACAAUAGACACAGUUUAUAGAGUGAGUGAUGAAAAACAAAUGUUUAAUACAAUUUUGAAAACUGAUGUACAUGUUACAUUGAAUUUGUGUUCUGCUGACUUUCAUGAGAACUUGCAUUUUCAUUGGUAAUGUCCUUCAAAAAUACAAUAAAUACGAUCUGCAAGGAAAACAGUAUGUUCAUUGCUAUCUAAGAAGCAUCUAGGCUCAUAUUUGCUUCCAAUAUUUAUAAUUAUAGAUUACCACUAUGAAGUGCACAAUUGUUCCAUUCAGUCACUCAUCUGCAGUAAAACAGAAAUUAAGAAAAUAUAUUAUGACAAAAGCAUAAGGUGUAAGGAGAUUUUUCUUCAUAUCUGAUAUAUUGUCCAUGCAAGUGAGCAAGUACCUGUGAAACUUUUCAAAUACAAGCCAAGUUAUGUGCUUUAGUGUUUACUAUGAUAAUAUUUGUCAGACAUAUUGUUCUGUUUUCACUGUUGUACUUAGUUCCAUGGAAAUUCCAUUAUGAUUCAACG